AUGCGAUCCCUUCGUGUCUUUAUGCGGGGUGUGGCGAAGGUCCACUGGACUGAGUCCCGAAGCACUGGGAGCAGACUUGGAUCCUAUACGGAACACUACAAUGCCGAGGUAGAAUAUUUCUUCAAGAGGCAGGUUCUCUUUGGUGGAGAAGUUUCUGAAGGACGAGAAACUUUGGUUGAAGGAAGGCAUGAGUUUAAUUUUGCAUUUGAUCUCCCUAUGGGAGGAAUUGCAACAUCUUUUGAAGGCAAACAUGGCAGUAUACGGUAUUGGCUGAAAGCAGAAAUGGAUAAACCCUGGGCAUUUAAUCAUAAAACCAAAAAAGCUUUCACUGUUAUUUCUCCUAUUGACAUCAACAAGCCAGAGUACCAAAUUCAAGUUGAGAACAACAUAGAAAAAACUUUGUGUUGCUGGUUGUGUACAUCUGGACCUAUCUCCAUAACGGCACGCACGGACAGAAGAGGCUAUUGUCCUGGUGAAUCCAUUGCUAUCUCAGCUGAGUUUGACAAUCAGUCUUCACGAACAGUUACUCCAUAUGCAUCCUUACAUCAAACUCAAGCAUUCUUUGCCAAUGGGAAAUCCAGAGUUCGUCGUACAAAGUUCACAGUACUUACUGGUUUACCUGUUGCCCCUGGCAAUGGGGGUAUGUGGGAAUCUCAACUCUUGAAAAUUCCAGCUGUCUCACCUUCAAUAAUGAAUUGCUGUGUUAUGAAAGUAGACUAUUUUGUAAAGGUUGCUUUGCACAUCCCUGGGUCAUAUAACUUGACCCUGCAGCUUCCUGUGGUGAUAGGAACUGUUCCCUAUCGCCGAGCACGCCCAUACCACUAUACAUCAGAACCACGUUAUUGUCGUCCAGCCCAAACCCAAACUUGUGGCUUCGAUCUGUUACCUCUACCCCCACCUUAUCGAGAGACAGUCACUCCUCCACCUCCUUUUGAAGAGCCUCCAACUUAUGCUGAAAGUGUUGGUGGUGCAGUGGAUAUCCGUGAUGAAGAUGAUGACAUGAUAGGCAACAUGGGUGACCUCACCUACACUCCAAUGUAUACUUAUGUCUAUGACUAUCGACCACCGCCAGCUUAUUCGGAGGUAAGUUCAUUUUUCAUGACUUUUAUUUUAUUUCUGGUGGCAUUCUUUCUGAAAAUUUAA